AUGCCGGGUGGCGUGUGUGCCGUCCUCGAUUACGAGGUCGACAUGAUGGCAGAAUACGUUACUGAAAUGGCUGUGCGCGUCGUCACUCCUGAUGCUACAAUCACUUCUGGAUUUCGCAAAUUUGUUACCCAAAUUCUUACCUCAACACGGCUUCCCAGUACUACGAUCUUGCUGGGUAUGAAUUAUCUUGCCAAGCGAAUCAACGCCAUGAAAGGACAUGGCCUGUACGAGGCAUCCGAAGGCCAAGUAUGGCGAUAUUUAACUGUAUCGCUCCUCUUGGCAAGCAAAUUUCUCGACGACAACACGUUCCAGAAUCGAUCUUGGUCUGAAGUCAGUGGCAUUCCAGUGACGGAGCUGAAUACUUUGGAGUUUGAGUGGGUCCAAGCCAUGGGCUGGAGACUAUAUGUCAACCUUGACCUCAGCAAGGACUACCGGGCUUGGCUAGAGAACUGGCGUGAGUGGCAGCAGAUGAAGAAGCGACAGGCAGUCCAGGCAAAUCGCGAAAGACUCGCCUCCCUCGUACCUGCCAUCGACACGGAGCUCGCAAGAUACAGCAGCAACCGCCAAUCGCCGCAUUCGCGCUAUUUGCAAGAACAGGUUGCCGAGUACGACCGUUACCAAGCCAUCAAGGCCCAACAGCAGACGUACCGAUCCCGCGAUGCUACAUGGGCUCACAACCCGUGGAAUGCCCCAUUGACACCACCCGACUCUGGGUACGGCACUCCGGAGUAUGUCAUGUCUGCUACGUCCAGUAACGCUCGCUAUAACGAAUGGUUUGCUCAGGCCGCUGCACAGUAUAGCAGCCGAUACUCCCAACCACCUACCCACGGCUCCUUCUAUCAGCAUCGUCAGACGCCUUACUGCUCUCACUAUUCCUAUAAUCAUGGAGGGUGGGACCACGGGGUUGGUGAAUGCAGCUGCCCUGGCUGUGUUGGUUCCAUGAAGCACACGCCGUUAUGUCCCGUGGAUAUGGCCAACAGGUGGUAA